CAACACUGGAGUUGUCCCUUGAAGCCUCUGGUGCCUUAUCGUGGGGGCCUUGGUAUUAGGGGCGGCAUUCCGGAUUAGCCUCGACCAUUACCACUAUAAAACACCCACACUCUUCCCUUCCAGACGAGAAGCCAUCUCUCAAUCAGGAAGCAUAAUCAGUUCGAUCCAACCCAAGAGUUCUCUAUCACAUUAAUCUGUAACAGUCUUCAUCACCAAAUUCAUCCGUCCCACACUUUCGUUCAACUCAAUACCCUUCAACAGUAACAUCACCUUUCGUACCCCAACCUCUAAUAAUUCGUUAUACCAAUUUAAUUUUUCUUGCAAUCGACCGAAAACAAAAACAAGAACAAAACAGAGAAAAAUGGUUCACAUUACCCUCUCGAACCUAAUCACCUUGGCCAUGGUCUCCGUCGGCGUUGUUUUGGGGGCACCCAGCAAAUAUCCGACAUCGCGUCACGUUCCAAUGGAGGCCGCUCACCAGUACAGUUCACCGAUGAGCUACUCCGCCGCGAAGCGAUCCGCGAUGAAUAAGCAAGUAAACCGACUUAGCCGAAAAAGCUUGUCAAACCCCAGGAUAAUCUUCAUGCCGGUCAAAAGCGCAAACUCGGACCUCGCCGAAUCGCUAUCAAACGCGGCAAGUGUCUUACGCUCGGAUACGGCCGCAGUCUAUUCUUCGAUCACCUCUUUGAAGCAAAACGGUCAGCUUGGAACACCCGCGCAGCUCGGAGAUGAUACAGUCUUCCAACUUACCGAAUGGCAGAAACAUGCCGACAUGUUACGGUUCCUUGGAGAUGUCAAAGAGCGUACUGAUAUCGUUGACCAAAUGGACGAUUUUAGCAAUGAAAUCGGUUUGGCCUUGAAAAGUGCGGCCCAAGACCUUAAGCAGACGUUGCUAGGAGUGAAUUCGAUCAUCACCGAAAUGCCAUCGAUUCGAUACCUGCUCGGCCCGAUGGUUUACAAUAUCAGAAUGAUAAUUACGGAUAUCCACCAUCGCUCUGAGGCUUAUUUAAGCCAUGGUGAUGAUAAGAUCUCUUUGAGCUCGAAAUUUGAGGAAGACUUCUCAAAGUGCUAUACCCUUGAAAGCAUCAAACAAUUUUGUUAAACUUAGUUGAAAUUAAUAAUAUAAACCUUCG